UUCAGUCACGGAUCAAUCUGGCCAUCUGCUGCCUCUGCAUCGCCACCUGUUUCCCUCCUCGGUUGCUGCAACCCUCUCUCUCCUCCUUUCUUCGAAUGACGCCAUCCCGACGCCCACCAGGAUAAAGAAACCGGCCUUCCGAACUCGGGGCCGACUUCCAUGCCUCCCUCCUCCUCUCCUUUAACCUCACAUUAUCUCCUUUUCCUCUCCUCGUUCUUUCUCCCACUCUCGCUUUCGCUUUGGCCACGGAGAUGCACUCCGAUGCCCGGGGUGUCAAGAGGCCCGUCAAGGAACGCCUCGGUACGAGCUUCUCCAGGCCACCCGCGCUGCCGGGAUGCGAACAUCAAGAAGUUCUCAAGCGGUCGAUACCUCACUAUUAUUUGCUUCUUGGGGCUUUUCUCUCUAGGAAACGCCAAGAUAAUUUCAAAUGGAGUAAUGAUUUCUAUGGAGUAGAAAAUCAUGAAGUCAGAGACAGUGUUCCCAAAAAUUUGACAACCAGUGAUAUGCAAAAGGAUGUCCAAAGAGUCUCUAAGAGUAACAUUAGCAGCACAACAAAGAUUCAGAAGAAAACUGUUGGAAAUGCCCAAACUCCUACUGAUAUUUGUUCUGGUGUAUCAAAGGGUAGGUCCACAGCAGAAGUGAACUCAGCAAAGACACCUGCUGUUCAAUCUGGAUCUGCAUCUAUGACCAAAGAAAAAAAACACAUUGUGGUGGAACAGUUAACAAUUGCUGCAUUUUUGCAAAAGCUUGGCCUAAGCAAAUACCUAAUUGCUUUUCAAGCAGAAGAGGUUGACAUGUUUGCUUUGAAACAUAUGAACAAUGAUGAUCUGAGGUCCAUAGGCUUGCCUAUGUCCAUCCUCAAAUCAUCAGGGGCCAAGGAAGAAAAUUCUUCUUGCCCUUGCUGCUGCAAAAGCCAAGAAGUGAAGACUUCGGGCUGCUUGUGGUACCACUGGAAGUGAAACUCGACAAAGAAUUGUGCAGGGAUGAUUUUGUUUGUUUUGAUAUACUAAUUCUUUUCAGUUCUCUCUUUUGGAAGGAAAUACUGAUGAUUGAUAGAGAGCAGUGAACGCUAAUUUUUUUUUUUUGAUAAAAAUGAACGCUAAUUUUUCAUUGGGAAUAAAAAAUCCAUGAAACGUCUCUAUGUUCGUAUGGGCAUGCACUUCUGGGUGUAUAGCCAGCGAGGAAAAUACUGCUUUCUGGCUACACUUCUCUUUGACUGAUCCAUUUGCAUGUAAGGUGCAUUUCUGUUUGUAAUUGUCUUUAUGUUGUUUGAUAUGUUCCUGAAAAACAUUAUACAGGUGCUUAUGAUUUUUGGAUGCAACGCUCACAUACAAAUUUCA